UCCUUUCUUCGCAACCACGAGGACUGGAAACUUGCUUUCAAUGGAGGCAGCUGCGUCCGUCGCUGCGGCGGCGGGGCCGAGAGGAAGCCGCUCUCUCCCCUGAGCCGCGUCCGCACGAGGGAGAACUUUGCCCAAGUUGGCGAGAGCUUUGCGCCCUUUCUCUCCCGGAGGCCAAUUCGGAGCGCGCCGGUCCCUCCCCCUCGCUGGCUCCUUCCCUCUCCCAGAGUGUUUCCCCCCCCCGCUUUUCCUUUCCCUCCCCUUUUCUCCCUCCUUCCCUCCCUCCUUCCUUUUUUGCGUGUGGCGAGGAGGGGCCGUCGAAGGCGCCGGAGCCGGAGCGGAGCGAGCGGAGCGGGCUGGCGUCCCCGCCGGAGAUGGUGCUGUAGGAGGCCCGGCGGGAGCGAGCGAGCGCGGAAGGGGAGCCCGGCCAGCCGGGAGCGAUGCUGGUCCUGGCCGUGCUGUGGGUCUUCACGGGAGCCGACGCCGCGUUCGCCCAAGUUCUGCAGACCCGUUUUGUUGAAGAGCCGGAAGACCAAACGGUGGUUGCUGGACAGAGGAUUGUGCUCUCUUGCGUGGUGCUGAACUAUUCUGGGAUUGUGCAGUGGACCAAGGAUGGCCUCGCCCUGGGAAUGGGGCAAGGCCUCAAAGCCUGGCCCCGGUACAGGGUCAUUGGGGCCUCCGACUCUGGACAAUACAACCUGGAAAUCACCGACGCGGAGCUCUCCGAUGACGCCCUGUAUGAGUGCCAGGCCACCGAAGCAGCGCUGCGAUCCCGGCGAGCAAAGCUGAUUGUCCUCAUUCCCCCUGAAGACCCCGUGAUCAACGGAGCCCCCGAGAUUCUGCUGCGGGCAGGAACUCUGCACAAUCUAACAUGCCGGGCGCGCAAUGCCAAGCCGGCUGCCACGAUCGUCUGGUUCCGUGAUGGGGUGCAGCAGUCAGAAGCCACCACAGCCACGGAAGUCUUGCCAGAUGGAAAGAGAGAGACCACCCUCAGCCAUUUGCUCAUCAACCCCACCGACCAGGACAUUGGACGGGUGUAUGUUUGCCGCUGCGCCAACGACGCCAUCCCAGCGGGCAAGGAGACCUCCAUCAAGCUCAACGUUCACCACCCCCCAACGGUGACGCUGUCCAUUCAGCCGCAGACAGUCCAGGAAGGCGAACGGGUCACCUUCACCUGCAUGGCCACUGCCAACCCAGAGAUCAAAGGCUACAGGUGGGCCAAAGGUGGCGUCGUCAUUGAGGAUGCCAAGGAGAGCAAAUACGAGACGCAGGUGGAUUACACCUUCUUCACUGAGCCCGUCUCGUGCGAAGUGCACAACGACGUGGGGAGCACCAAUGUCAGCACCCUGGUGGAUGUCCACUUCGCGCCUCGCAUCGUGGUGGACCCGAAGCCCACGACUACCAACAUCAGCUUGGACGUGACGCUGACCUGCGUGUGGGCUGGGAACCCUCCUCUCACCCUCACCUGGACCAAGAAGGAAUCCAACAUGGUGCUGAGCAACAGUAACCAACUGUACCUCAAGUCCGUCACGCAGGCAGACGCCGGGCUAUACAUCUGCAAGGCCAUUGUGCCGCGGAUCGGGGUGGGCGAGCGCGAAGUUGCCCUCAUUGUCAAUGGUCCCCCCAUCAUCUCCAGUGACUCCGUCCAGUAUGCUGUUCGUGGGGACCAAGGGAAGGUGGAAUGCCUCAUUGAGAGCACCCCCCUCCCUGACCGAAUGGCUUGGAGCUGGAAGGAGAAGUUUUUGGAGGUGGGUACCCUGGAACGCUACACCGUGGAGCGGAGCAACAGCGGGAAUGGUGUCCUCUCCACCUUGACCAUCAACAAUGUGAUGGAGGCGGACUUCCAAACGCACUACAACUGCACUGCUUGGAACGGCUUCGGGUCACGGACAGCCAUCAUCCAGCUCGAGGAGAAAGAGGUCCUGCCGGUGGGAAUCAUCGCUGGAGCCACCAUUGGAGCCGGCAUUUUGGUCAUCUCGUGUUUUGUCGCUCUGGCCUGUUUCCUGUACCGACGCCGCAAAGGAAGCCGUAAAGACGUGACCUUGCGCAAGCUGGACAUCAAGGUGGAGACGGUGCACCGGGAGCCCCUCACCCUGCAUGCAGACCAUGAGGGGGACACCGCGAGCGUCUCCACGGCGACGCGCGUCAUGAAGGCCAUCUACUCGUCAUUCAAGGACGACGUGGAUCUGAAGCAAGACCUGCGCUGUGACACCAUAGAUACCCGGGAGGAAUACGAGCUGAAGGAUCCGACGAAUGGCUACUACAAUGUCCGUGCCCACGAAGACCGCCCCUCUUCCCGCACGGUGCUCUACACCGACUACCGCAACCCUGGGCCAGCCCGCUACGACACCCGCCCGUCUUCCCGCCUCUCCCACUCCAGCGGCUAUGCCCAGCUCAGCACCUACAGCCGAGGCCCCGCCUCCGAGUACAGCGGCGACCCGGUCCCUGGGCCCACUCCGGGCACUGCCGCAGCCGACACGGCCAGCCAGCUCUCCUAUGAGAACUAUGGCGGGCACACGGCAUUCCCGCCCAGUGCCGGCUAUGCCACUUACCGCCUGGGCUACACUCAGCCCCCACCGCCUGCCCUGGACAGAGCGGCCUAUGAUGCCUACGAUCCCCUGGGGAAAUACACCACUGCAACCCGCUUUUCGUACACCUCCCCAGACUACGGGCAACGGUUCCAGCAACGAAUGCAGACUCACGUCUGAACUGAGCGUUGGGCAUUGACCGGGGAUGGUGGGGUGCAGGUACCUCAUGACUGUCCCCUGAUAUUCAGGGGCUUUCCCCCCCCCGUAACCUCCCCUUUGCCCACCUGCAGGCUGGACUCGCAGACGGCGCUCCGCGGCACCAAACUCCCCCCUCAGGCGAGGACGGUCCUUGCAUGGUCUGUUCUUUGGACAGAACGUGGUCUCUUCUUUUGAAUUCCUGAGCUUCCUUUUACCAGAUUUUUUUUUUAAAAAAAAUUCAUUCUGACACCCUUGCAUGAAGCAUUGCUGUAAUGGGGUCCCCCUUUCCACUAACCCCUUGAGGGUGGCCAUCCGAGUUGUGGGGGGCACAAGGGUAUGCCAUUUUGCAGCAGGGGCGCUGUGGGGCUGGACCUUAUCUCUGCCCAGCCGAGAUUCUGCCUCUUCCACCUCAUUCUGUCCUGUUGCGGCUCCUCUCCGGGGCCUGAGGGGCAGUGCCUCGGCCUAGCAUUGGCCACCAGCAUGGAGGCGGAGAAAGCUGAAAACAUCCAGAUAUGCUUAAGGGCAGGGGAGAGGGUUGAUUGUAUCCUGAGCAAAGGUCUGAGGGGAAGCAGGGAGCCGUGUCCCAGUCGCAGGGUGGGCUUCAUGGGCACCAAUGGUAGUGAUGGGUGUAUGACAGAGAGCAACUCAAUUCUUGUUAUCAUGGGGACUAGGGCCUUGAGUUGGUUAUCGAGUUUUUUUUUUUGGUGCAACAACACCACGUCCUUAAAAUGCUCAGAAUGGCAAUGGCCAACUGCCGUCUUUGUUUCCUGUCAACUGCUUGAAGCCUCCAAACUGGCCGCUGUACACAGCAAACAUUUCCACGCUGACCCCCCCCACCUGCAGGAGCCGCCGCUGUUCAGCUUAGCCCCGCCUCCCUUUUGGUGCAAGCCCAUCGAGGUGACAGGGCAGGCAUUAGCGUUUUGGCCCCCAAAACAUAAAAGGCCCCCCUCCCCCCCCAGCCAAGUUCCUGCCAACCUCGAGGCCGUGACUGGGCACCUUGCAGAAUUUGGUAUGAAAAAAGCCCAUCCAAGGUUCUGUGUGUUUGCCCUCCUCACACCCCAAACCACCAAACUUUCUCCCAAAUUCAGAAGGACAGGAUAAAUUGUGAAGAGUAAGAGGCUGGAUCAAGCUGCAUUGCCAUCAAUUGUUUAAUCUGCUUCCCAGAUAUAUUUUUUAUCCUCCAGCAUGAGGAGAGUCUAAGUGGUGGAGAGGGUUAAAAGAGAAGUGGCCGGGGAGGGGGGGUCAAGAAGGACCCUUGGAUCCUACCUUUGUGACUGUCGGAAGUCCUGCUCAGGCCCCAUCUGGCUUCCAAGACUGUUUAGACCUGCCCAUGUGUUCUCUCGAGCCUGUGAUCCUAGCCAUCAGGGCUAGAAACUUAAAGGGAAUUUUGAAAACAAAAGAGAUGGAACACAAGCAGCGAUUCUCAGGAUGCCUAAAUCUGCAGGCUGCGGAAGCCCAAUACAGAAUAUCUCUUCCCACUCUCAUCCCUGCUAGUACAGAACAGAUCCCUGGAUCAUUCCAUGCCUCCGAUGUCAGCGGUAAAAGCACCUUGGACAGCUCUUUCAACGUUUGGAUUAAAACCCAGAGCAGAUAGCCACAGUUAGGCAGUCCUUUCUCCCUCGCACCCGGAGCGGAGGUGGUGUUGGUGUCUGUGUGGAGGCCUUUCAGGGGGCAAUCCUAUUCCAUGGCUGGGCGGGGGGAGGCCAAGGUAAGCGAAGAGGCAGCUCGGAUGUCCCCGCUAGAAAUUGCAGUCUCUUUUCAACCUUCCCCAGACAUAGCAGAAGCCUCCCUCCUGCCCCAGCCUCCAUGGUGAAUUUGGCCCUCCUCACUUCAUGCAUUCCAGAAAUAAAAGGGGAAAGGAGAGGGGGAUUAGAGAGAGGGGCUCCCUCUUUUUUCCUCCAAAUCCUUUCCGUCCCAAGGAUGGUCCCGCCAAGGUAGUGGCCUCCCCUUUCGUCAGUCCGUCCCUUGACCGCCAAUCUUUUGCACUUUGAAUGCAUACGGUUGGGUUAAAGUUAUUUGUGUGUUUUUUUCUUUUGAAAUGUGUUUUAUAUAUAUAUAUAUAUAUUUGUAUAUUCCACCCCCCCCGCAACCACCCUGUUGUUUUGUCUUUCCUCCCUCGCCAAGGACCAGUCAGAAGCCCACCUUUCCCCUCCACUUCCUGUGCCUUAAAACUCUCAGCUUCUGAGAACAGCCCAUGCCAACUUGGCACCCUCCAGGUGAUGUUCUGGCUCCCAUCAGCCCCAAGCCAGUAUGGCCGUAUGAUGAUGCCAGGGCUGAUGGGGGUUGUAGUCCCCCAAAAACAUCACCUGGAGGGCGCCAGGUUUGUAGUGGGCUGGCUGAGAGCGCUGAGCAGAGCCGCCACCGGUGGAGUUCAGGUGCGGGGAGGAGAAGGUUGACAGGUGGCUGGAGAUCUGAUGAAAGACAGGGCAGGGGUGGUUUUGAAGGAAGGGGAGAGGUUGGGUUUCUAAUGUGCAUCUGUCCCUUUCCAAAUACCCCACAAUUUUGCCCUUGUUUCUUCCCCUCUCCCCUCCCCAAAAUUCAUCUGGUCCCCUUCUUGGCACAGUUCAUAUCUCAGGGCUAUCGGAUGCACAGCUGGACUCCCCAUGUACCUGAAAAGUAAGGCCCUUUUGCCCUGCUCUGCAAUGCAGGCUCCAUUUCUGGUUGCAAGCCCUAAACCGAACGUUUGUGGGAGCUGCCCUCUGCACGUGCCCUUGGAGCCACUGGGUAGUCAUGGUGCCAUCUUGUGGUUGCUUCAGGCAACUUUAACCACUUUUUGUUGCUGGCUGGGGCCCGGUCAGAGAAAGGAAGUGGGGGCAUGUUGGUGCUAUUUGCCUGCAAAGUUCUAGUCCCUGCUGUUGUAUUUGAGGCGUCUACUUUUACUCCUUGGAGAAAGGCUGGGAGGCAGCCUCGGGUCUCCCAUCAGUGUAUCUUUCCAGAGUUCAUUAGGCCACUUUUUCAAGAGGUAUUUUUAAUAUUUUAUCUUUUUUUUUGGUGAAGGACAGGAACUCACUGACGCCACAGUGAGGAGCACCCCUUUAAUUAGUACUGCUAUCCUUGGUCAUUAAGAAAGUGAUGGAUAUUGACCACCAACCUAUUUUUUGCUCCAGGGAAAGCUCAGGUUGACUGCAAAAACAAAACAGAGAUACUUGGAGCGGUGUGGAGGACGUGUCUCUUUCGAAAUCCUUUUCCUCUCUCACUUUAGGAUCACUGGUUGUGUGUAGCCAUUGUUGGCCAGGCUCAGUGUAGGCCCAUGGAAGUUAGUAGACACGGCUCACUUUAGGCCCAUUCAUUUCAGUGUGAUUAGUCUGGUUACGACUUAUUUGGGUGCACGCCAUGCACACCACUUCCCUUGCAGCUCUUCCUCUCUCAAGUACUUUAGGAUCCCGAAUUUCCCCAAGUGUUACGACAAGGCAGUUCGCAAGGGUGGUGUCACGAGGCUGUGUUUCCUUGGGGUGGGUGAGGGGGAGAAAGUGCAUUGGGGAGAGCUUUUGUGGCAAGCUUGUAAGUAUCUGUCAUUUUGCAAACAUUCUAGGUGUAGGACAUUGCCUGCUAUGUGUAGCAGCGGAGAUCCACCUCUCCCAGCCGCUCCUCUCCCGGUGACAUCCCCGGGAUUGGGCCCACGACCUUCUGCACGCAAAACACAGGCUCUACUCCCGAGGUGCUGCAGGUACGAAGCAAGUAGGUAGCAGGAAUCCUAAAGCAGCAUCCCCUUCCCCGCAAAAAGCAACAGGUCAUUCUUGCAGACCACUCAGGCUGACAUUUUGCCCGCUGGUUCCAAUAUUCCCCCCAAAAUGUUCCCUGUUCUCUCCUCCCCAACACAGACACCAGGCUUAAGACCAGGGAGACCUUUGGCCCUCCAGAUGUUGCCGAACUGUGACUCCCAUUGUCCCUGCCUAUUGGCUCUCCUUGCAGGGGCUGAUGGGAGUUCAGGAGCAUCCAGAAGGCCAAAGGUGCCCCGCACCUGUUUAAGAACAAACCUAUUUCAGUCCUGGGUGCAAAAUCCUUCACUGGCCUCAGCCAUCCAUUAAUGACCAUUCAUUGACCCUGGCCAAGCGAAGCUGUUGUGCUCAGGUCCUGCUUGUGGGCUUCCCUUUGUGGCGGCAUCUGGUUGGCUGCUUUUAGAACAGGAUGCCGGACUAGGCGGGCUCAUCUGAGGUUCUGAAGCAGCACCCAUAUCUGCAUUGUCCAAUUUAUACCCACCUAAUUAUGUUGUUGCUUGCUGGUAGGUACGGGCGACUGCGUUGGUGCAAGACCCAGUUUUGAGAUUUGGUGUGGGCCUGUUAUCCUGCCUACCUUGAACCAAAAGACCAACCCUGUUCCCCCAACCCUCAUGCUCAGAUCAGGCUGCCCCUUGCACAGUCCCAAUAAUGGCAGGAUGGAAAACGCCAUUCAAGGAACGGCCACACUUCCGUAGCUGUCCCGGAAGCACACAGACUCUGGUUGCGAGCCUUUCACCACAUCUCUGGGCAUCAGGCCCACUGAGCUCAUUGGGUCUUAUUUCUGAGUAAACCCAUAGAGGAUUGUGCCAGCUGAGAAGGGCUAGACAAUACUGAAUAAAAAGAGACUCUCUAUGCACAAGGUGGAAGCAGGCCGUAGGCCUGUCAGUGGUGCUCUGCAAUCUUGGAUUGGGUCCAAGCAGCCUUGCUUUGCUCCCAUGGUGGUUUUCUCUUUGCACUGAAUCCCGUGUAAACUUUGCAAGCGAUAAACCAGCUUGUGGACUAUUUGGCUUCAAUGGGACUUAAGUUCAAUGAGCUUAGGUCAAAUCCACACUGUACAUUUAAGGCACCUGGGCUCCCCUCAGAUAAUCCUGGGAAUUGUAGUUCACCCCUCAUAGAGCUAUAAUUCCUGGCAUUCUUUUGGGGAAGCCAAACCAUGUGGCUCUCAUCUGGAGCCAAUCCAACGACUGAUUCUUUUGGCAGUAUAUUGGGAAGCGGGGUGGGUGGGUUGUUUGUAAUGUAUUGGGGCAGGUUCUCCAUCUGAGCAAAACCCGAGCCCUGCGAAUGCUUCACAGCCGACGAGGGUGACACUGAGGCUGUAGAUCUAUCCACGGAGUUCGUGCCCUGGGGCGGAGGCGCAAGCUCCAGAGCACAUGAGGUUUGGGGGGCUGUGCUUCUUGGACUGCCCAAGCACAUAGGACCCUUGACACAGUCGUCAGUCCAGGAAUUCAGCAAUAAAUAUUCCAAAGCCUUGGAGCGGAGAUGUGCUCUAAGGUCAGAGCCCCCACCGCCAGGCUUCAAUCCUCAUGGGACCCCUCCCCCCCUGCACCCCAGGCUGCAUAUGGGUACUCAGGGGGCAGAUGUUGGAGGGGAGGAGCUACUACUUCUCCUCCCCAGUUCAUUUCUGUGUUAAUUCCACCCCCGCUGGAGACUUAUAUCUGUGAAUCUUCCUCACUUCCUCUCCCCUCAACUUUCUUUUUUUUUAAAUUUGGGUUUUUCCUCAUUCUUUAAAAAAAAUAUUAUGUACUAUAUUUUUAGUCUUAAACACAAUAUAUUAUAUAUAU